CGCAAGGUCUCUCAGUCGAGCCGCGGAACUCGAUUCGUCUAGUUCUCAAUUUUUCUUUUAAAAAAAAUGUGAAGUGAUUAACAAAAAAAUAAAAAAAAAAAAAAAUAUUUUACUAAUUAAAAAUAAAAAAAAAAAUGUUAGCGGAGAGUUUUUUUUUGUGGUUAGUAAUAAAAAGCAUAGAUGGCGCAAUAGUUCCUCCACCAUGGGCGGACCCAUCGAGCAAUCCUUGCGCAGCGGAGCCACGAGGCUGGCAGUUACUGUACUGGCCACCAGAUGGCAAGUGCUACAAGAUUUUCCAGAUCGGAGCUCCGUGCCCGGAGACAAUGGAACUGGGUCCAACGGCAAAAGGUCCAGGUGCUGAGUGCCGGUGUCCUCCAGGAACAGCUCAGUCUGCUGCAGAAUCAAGAUGCUGGCCGAUUUUUACAAGAGCUGAAUGUCCAGCUGGAGAAUAUUUUGCUCCUUUGGAGUCUAAUGACUCAAGAAGGUGGGGAGUGUGUAAAAAGCCAGAAAAGUGUGACCGCGGGAAAUUGUUCUGGCCCAGGGACGAAAAAUGCUACAGCAAACUGACCCGCGGGCCGUGUCAGAGAGGUCAGCUGCUCGUAGAUGGCGCUGAUGGGAUCGCGGAGUGCGGAUGUAACACUGAAGGCGAAUUGGGGGCGUAUUACCACAGAGGAGUUGAAGAUGGCUGCUAUGAGCAUUACACAACAGGACCUUGUUUGGAGCAAGGAGAAAUUUUCUUGCCUGGAGGUCAGUGUGGGUGUCUUAAAAGCAUUCCGCAUUAUCAUGAAGAAACAAGGAUGUGUUAUCCUUUAGGUGGGAUCGGGCCGUGUAAACAAGGUCACCAUUACGUAGUCACCAACGCUAGCAUAACAAGUGACGAAAUCCACGCAACAUGUACUUGUAAACCCGGUCAUGUCCUCUACUCAGACGGUCAGUGUUACAGAAAAUACACGCGUGGCCCGUGCGAGCCGGGCAGCAUGCUAAUGAACUCCACGGCCUGCGUCCAGGUCCCCUGCAAGCGCAGCAGGCUCUACUUCCCCCGGGAGCGUACUUGCUACCGAAUUGGGACCCGGGGGCCCUGUUCCGCGGGCCAAGUGGUCCUUUAUGACCACUCUGUCAGGCCCAGCGUCGAUGGGGUCAGCUAUAAUGGCGUCUGUGAGUGCACAAAGCUGAUGAAGCUCUCGGGAAAGUGCCGGGACCUGGAUUUAGAGCUUGAUAAGUGCGAGAACACUCCGGGGAUGUUCCUGGUGGGUAAGAACUGCUAUAAAUUGUACACCCAGGGCCCGUGUGGGUUAGGUGAGUGGCUGGUUACCAGGAGACGACCUCGCGAGGCCGUCUCCUGGCCUGAUUCUUGGAUUGACGCUGGAGAUAGCGCUAGUAAGGUCGCUUGCGAGUGCCGGCCUGGUUACUCAAGAGUUAAUUCUUCGGUGGUUGAUAGUGAUGUUGAAACUAAUUUACUCAGUGCUAAUCCUGGUGAAUGUCAACCGCCCGCGGUUGGAAUUGCUAAUUAUUUAAACCGACGGUACAAAAUCCAGUGAUGAAAUUUUGGUUUUAUUAUUAAGGUAAAAUACUCAGUACUUGAACAUUUUUUUUUUUUUUUUUUAUUAGAGUAGGCCUGGGCUGGGGCAUAGAAAUUUUAACCCCAAUUUUUAUUAAUUAUUUUUAAAAUUUAUUAUUAUUGUAAAUACUUUAGGGUCAAAUUUAGAUCCAAAGAUUUUUUUAAGGCAUUUUUCUUUGCCUUUAUUUAUAAAAUUUAACUUUGAGGUAUUCGUUAUAGUUUUAUUGAAAUUGUUAAUGACAUUUUUGAAGUCUCAGGUGACAAUUUAUUAAUUUUUAACAUUAGAAACUCAUUAAAAUGAUCUAAUUAUUCAUGGAAAAUAUUUUUUCAGUCUCUUAUUGGUUGAUUUUUAAUCUUGGAACUCGAGGAACAGUCUGCGCGCAUGCGCAUAAGAAAGCGCGCGUAAUUUGAAAAUAAUGAUGACAAAUUGUUAUUUUAAUCUCUAAAAUUAAUUUUCUUAAAUAAGGUAAAGUACCCAGUACUUGAAUACUUAUAAAAAUAGGACCGGUACUUGAACAGACUUUUCGAAAUGUUGUAAUACGAAAUCUGUAUAUUUAUUAUGAGUAAUAUGCGCAUAUUAUAAUUAUUCAAUGAUACAGUAAUUGAUUUCUCUAAGUUUUUUCAAUUAUAAACUAAACCAACUAGAUUUUUGUUUACUUGAAAGUUUACAUGUCGAGAAUAGCCGAUAGAUGCUAUUUUUUUCAUGAAAAAGGUACUAAAACGUAAACCGAACAAUCAAUAAAAAAAAACGGUAUAUUA